GCAGAUAGAACCAGCGACGCACAAGAUGGUCCGUGUUACAAGAGUUCGGUGUGCAGCUGAUGCCCCUCACACUGCCAAUGCAACGUCACUUCAGCCCAUUGACGAGUUUUUUCUGUUCAUGACCUACCUAUCAUUGGGUCUGAUGGAGAAAGAUCUGGCCCACAGAUUUAAAAUUCACCAAUCAACAGUGAGCUGCGUCAUCAACACCUGGGCAAACUUCCUUUACACUGUGCUGGGAGCUGUGGGCAUUUGGCUUUCUGAGGAGGAAGUGAAGGUUCACCUGCCAGAUGUUUUUCAUGGCUUUGCUGAUACUCAGGUGAUCUUGGACUGCACUGAACUCUACUGCCAAACACCAAACUCUCUUCUCCUUCAGAGCGAGGUCUUCUCCACCUACAAAUCACACUCCACCUUCAAAGGUUUGAUUGGUAUGGCCCCUCAUGGUGCAGUGACCUUUGUGUCAUCACUUUAUGAAGGCUCCAUCAGUGACAAAGAGAUCGUGAAGCAGUCCGGCAUCGUGUCACAGCUGAAACCAACAAUGGCAAUCAUGGUGGACAAGGGUUUUCUUGUGGGAGACUGCGUGCCCUGCAAGGUCUACAUACCUGCCUUCCUGUCAAAGAGAGCACAAAUGUCUGGAGCCGAGGUCAGGGAGACUCAGUCUAUUGCAAGACUGAGAGUCCAUGUUGAACGGCUUAUUCGAAGGGUGAAAGAGCACAAGAUAUUCAGUACAGUAAUCCCUCUUUCACUCACAGGCAGCAUCAAUCAGCUGAACUCAGUAGCCUGCCUCUUGGUUAACUACCAAAAUAGACCUUUAGUCAAAGCCUGGGCAAGCAAGUGCUAGUAAUGUAGAUGUGGAGCCAACAGACAUUUUCACAAGAAAAAAAGUUUGUUUUUUGUAUUGUCAUUUCAAUAAUGUUGUCAGCAUUGUUCAUGUAAAUCACCCUUCAAAUCUGUAAGAGAGAUUCUAAUAUUAAAGCAUAAGGCUUGAUAAACUCUAAAAAGUCCUCUAGUGCGCUGUGGCAGUGGUUCUCAAAUGGUGCAAGUCAAGGUGUGCCUCGGGGAUCUGGCCGGUCCCCUGAAAAACAUCCAGAGAAUGUUUUUAUAGAAUGUGAUUUAUUGAUGAUAUCAGUGGCUAACA